AGAUUUUAAAGAGAAGAGAGAAGCAGAAGACAGAGCAUGGAAAUUGGAGUUUCAGUAAAGCAAAAUCGUUUGCCUAAAGAAAAGAGAGCAGAAUUGCUGAAAAUAUUUAAAGCUUUUGAUGAGAAUGGGGAUGGAAAGGUUUCAAAGCAUGAGCUAGCUCGAGCAUCCAGAAGGACUGGAAGCAAUAAAACACUCAAGGAUAUAGAAAAAGUACUCCGAACGAUCCACACUGAUUCUGAUGGUUAUAUCACCUUUCCUGAGCUGGAGAAAAUGUUAGCUGGACAGAGUGUUGAGAUUGACUAUGAAGAUGAAAUGUUACUUGCUAAAUUUAAUGAAUUUGAUUUGGAUGGCGAUGGAUCCAUUACGAAGAAAGAACUAAAAAAAGUGCUUCGCUCUAUGGGAUGUGAAAUGCCAGAGGAAGAGGCAGAGGCCAUGAUUCGGGAAGCUGAUAAAAAUGGCGAUGGUGUCAUCAGCUUUGAUGAGUUUAAGGCUGUUUUAACAAGUGGGGACUUCUAAUGGCCACCUACCUUUUCACCUGACAACAAAUACUGUGUUGAGACUUUUGAGAAGAUGUUAGUCUCUUUUCAUUGUGAUUAAAGACUUCUACACAGCAUAAACAGAACAUUGCAAUAAUCACUAUAUAAAUGAUGAAUUCUCUAUGUUAAACCAUUAUCAUGUGAAUGACUGACUAUGCUUUGCAACAUACGAAAAACGUAUCCAUGUUAAAGUCUGUAUAUCUCUCAGCCCACAUUCA